AGGGGAAAGUUUCCCGGCUGCUUGUUGCCGUGACGUGUUCGUAUCCUGCUGCACUGUUUGCGGAAGAUGGCGGACAGCGGGAAUGCUGCGGCAAGACGCGACUCUGGCGCUGUUUCUUCUAUAACUAUGGAGACUAUCUCAGCUCUGACAGAACUGGAGGACCUGGAGAGAGUCUACCAGCAGCUUUGUGCUGAGGAGAAAGAAGUUGAAACUGAGCUGGACAGACUGGUGGGCCAACAGGGCAGUAUUGACACAAAGAUGCUGGUCCUUCAGAGGAUGGGGCCCAACCUACAGCUGAUUGCAGGAGAUGCCAAUCAGCUAUCAGGCAUGAUCACAUUCACCUGCAGCCUGGCAGAGAACGUGAGCCGCAAAGUCAGGCAGCUCGACCUGGCAAAGACACGGCUGUAUAAUGUCAUCCAGCGUGCUGAUGAUAUCCUAGACCUGAAGUUCUGCACGGAUGGCGUGCAAACAGCACUACGUAAUGAAGACUAUGAACAAGCUGCUGCCCACAUCCAUCGAUACCUUUCGCUUGACCAGUCGGUUAUCGAGCUGAGCAGGCAGGGAGAUGAAAGUAGUGCCGUGGAUGCCAGUCUGGUUCUGUUGCAGGAGGCAGAGCAAAAGCUGAAGGUGAUUGUUUCUGAGAAGCUGGAUGAAGCCGUGGCAGCAGUUGAUCUUGCUCAGGUGGAAAGAUUCUUUAAAAUCUUCCCUCUGUUGGGCCUCCACCAGCAAGGGCUUGCCCGCUUUGGUCAGUAUCUCUGCAGCCAGCUUGCCUCUAAAGCUGAGGAGAACCUCCUCUUGGCUACAGGAGGAGACCUGAGCGACAAGCGGGCACCACUGAUAUUUGCCGACACACUCACACUGUUACUAGAAGGUAUCGCCCGUGUUGUUGAGACUCAUCAGCCUAUAGUAGAGACCUAUUAUGGCCCAGGACACUUGUAUACGCUCAUCACAUAUCUGCAGCAAGAAUGUGACCAGCAAACCCAGAAAAUUGUGGACAAGUUCAUCCAGCAGAGAGGAUACCACAAUAAGUUUCAGAUUGUCCAGAACAGUAUGAUGAAGAGCAUGCCAGCAGACCGCAUCGAGCCCAGGGAACUGGACCCUGUGCUGGCAGAGGUUACUCUGAUGAAUGCAAGGGUGGAGCUAUACCUGCGCUUUUUGCGUCGUCGCAUAAUGGCUGAUUUUGAAGUUGGGGACCCUCAAAGCAUCACACAGGAGCACCAGCAGAAAUGUGGAGAGCUACUGAGCAUUGUUUACUGAGUCGGAACCAUGCAGGAGCUUAUUGGCUACUACACAAUGGAAGAGUACAUAUGAGGGGAGACUGUUAAUAAGGCUGUUACGAUGGACACAUGAAAGGGUCAGCUGACCUCGAGCAUGGUGGACGACUGGUUUCAUGUGAAGAAGUGCAUCAGUCGAGCUUUAUCCAGCUCCAGCAUCGACUGCCUGUGCGCCAUGAUCAACCAUGCUAACUCAGUGCUGGAGUCAGACUUCAGGGAGGUGUUGUAUAAUAAGUUGCGGCAGGGCUUCCCGGCUACCACACUUCAGGACAUCCAGCGUGGCGUCAGCAGUGCAGUCAGUCUGAUGCAGAGCAGCUUGCAGCAGGGCAAGUUCAACACACUGGGCAUCGAGAGCACCGAGAACGCCAAGGCUGCAUUCCUGGUGACUCUAAAUAAUGUCGAAGUGUGCAGUGAGAAUAUCACAACUUUAAAAAGGAACCUUGAGAAUGACUGCACAAAGUUGUUCACGCAGGGGAGUGGAUCAGGUGAACAAGCUAAGAUUGAAAGCUGCUUGUCGGACCUCGUUAACACGUCCUCAAAGUUUAAGGAUCUCUUACAGGAGGGUCUGACUGAGUUAAACACAACAGCCAUAAAGCCUCAGGUCAAACCGUGGAUUAGCAGCUUCUUGUCAAUCUCACACAACAUAGAGGAGGAGGAGUUUAAUGAGUAUGAGGCCAAUGAUCCGUGGGUGCAGCAGCUCAUCCUAAACCUGGAGCAGCUCAUGACAGAAUUCAAGAUAGCACUCUCUCCCGUCAUCUAUGACACACUAACCAGCUUGAUGACCAGCUUGAUAUCGAUUGAAAUGGAGAAGACUGUGCUGAAAUGCUCCUUCAGCAGGCUGGGAGGGCUGCAGUUCGACAAAGAGCUGCGGUCUCUUGUGGCAUAUCUCACCACAGUGACCACCUGGACCAUUAGGGAUAAGUUUGCACGCCUCACACAGAUGGCCACCAUCCUUAACUUGGAGCGGGUAACUGAGAUCUUGGAUUACUGGGGCCCAAACUCAGGGCCCCUGACGUGGCGGCUGACCCCAGCAGAAGUGCGACAAGUUCUUGCACUGCGUAUUGACUUUCGAAGUGAGGAUAUCAAGAGACUGCGACUUUGAUUGUGUCCCAUUUUUCAGUGAAUGCUUUCCAGUACCCACCUGAUGUGGACUGAUGUAGGAAGGAGUAUGAGCAGGCUAAGCACUUGGACAUCCAGUCAAGUUCUUAGUUUCUGCUCUGCCCCAGUGGUUCUGCUCUCUGCUGUUGUCAGUUUGGAAUAAAGUUGCUGCAGCUGAUAUUUUAGGGGUAGACCAAAGAUGAGCAGUGUCAGUCUUGUUGGAUAAAGGGCUGUGGGGGUGCAAACAGUCACUGCAAACAGACUCCAGUGUGGCUGCAAGGAAUGAAAACCUGCACCGUCUUUGAGUUCACUGCUUUUGAUCCUGGAAAGUGAAGCUACAAUAGCUUGACUGACCCCGCGUUGGCAACUACAUUAAGAUUACUUGUACAUUUUGUUCAUCCCACUGCCUCCAUGCAAGUGAAGUAGUCAUAGUAAAAACCCAAAGAAUCUGAUAUACAGUGCAUCUGGAAAGUAUUCAUAGCACAUCACUUUUUACACUUUUUAUGUUUCAGGCAUAUUCCAAAAUGGAGUAAAUUCAUUUUUCCCUCAAAAAUACAACACCCCAUAAU